CUGGGUGAAUUUACUGGAUUCCCUUCCAUCCACCAUUUGGAUCUGAGCGUUCUCUUGCAGCCUCUCACCUCUCUCAGUACUGGAAAAGAGGGAGAAUUGGAUUUUAUUUACAGGACCACUCGACAGGAUUGAACAAACAGCCAUGACAACCCUCGAUUGCGAAUCAUACGAGAAGAAGUUCAAAGAUGUCACUUUGCCCCCUUUUGUGAGUGGGAUGUCUUCCAUUGUAUCCUUCGCUAACUCCGCUGCCACCUUCGGUAAUAAGGAGCUGGAGGAGUUGGAAAUUGGGAAAGUAAAGGUUGAUAUUGAAUUGGCCUACAAGGAGAUGAGCAGGGCUGAGAAAGAGGCCAGGACUGUGAUCGACUCGAUGACAGCUGAGGCCCUGCAGCUGGCGGAGGACUUUGACAAGGCUCAGAGGGAGAGGAAGGAGCAGGAGGAAAGUCUCUGGAUCAAGAAAGAUGAGCUGAUAAUCCUGGAGAGUCAUAGAUACCAGGCCAAUGAUCAGCUUCAAGCUGCCAGAUCAUCCCUAAAACACAAAGAGACUGCCCUGGACACUGCAGAGGCUCGGAAAGGGGAUAAAGUCACUGGAAGGGACAUGGGAAUUGGUUUAAUAUUCCUUGCUCCUUGCGUAGGAAUUCCAAUGACUGUCAACUACAACAAGGAACUAAAUACCACGAAAAAGUUGGUGAAGACAGUGGACGGUGAAAUCAAUCGUCUCCGAGCUGAAGUCAAGCAGAAAGAAGAUGACAUGCAUAAGUACAACAAUCAGAUACCAGAGAAAAGCAAAGAGAUCGAGAGAUUGAAGGAGAGCCUGGCUCGGAAAGAAAGAGAGGUGGAAAAGAUGGAGAGAGCAUGUGGGCUCUUGGCUGAUAUGAAAAGCAAAUUGAAAUAUUGCUACAACUACCUGUACAGUCUCCAUGGGGCUGUGGAAGUGUUGUACACCUCCUGCCAGGACUUGUACAGUCUGGAUCCAAUCAUGCCCAUUAUAGAGGAAGCAUUGAAAACAAUACAGAAGCAGAACUCCUACAAUGAGCUACUAGCCUAUAAUGGUGAUGUCCAGAAAAUGGUCAAAGAGUUGAAGAUGAUACAGUAUCGAAUGAACAUGAAGUAGAGGCGGGUUCUCCUUACAGCAAACAAACUGUUAACUGUCACUUAUUAAGGAAUGGAUGUGGAAUAACAAAGGAGGCUAAAUCAAGGGAGGAGACAAGGGGAAAUUUUCUUAUUCACUGAGCUCUUGAAGAUGAAACAUAUUGCUGAAAGGCUGGUAGGAGGGGGUUUGUCACUUUGAACAGGGAAUUAGAGAAAACUUUAAAAGGAACAGCUUGCAAGAUUAUAAGAAAAGAGCAGGGCACUGGGAUUUAUUGGAUAGUUCUUCCAAAGAACCAGCACAGGCACGGUGGCCUGAAUGCUUCUUUUACCUGUGAAAUUCCAUGGGUCUAUGAAGCAGGUUGGUGUAAUCAGUCUGAUUGUUAAGUCCAAUUUGAAAAUGCAGUGACCAAAGCCUCUGUUGGAAUAUGUGAAUGUGAAUGUCCACGAAUGGGGUUAAGCUGGCGGGUAUUGGGCAAUGGAUAGGCAAAAUGUCCACAAUUUUGACUUUCCUUCAGAACUAAAGAAGAGUCAUAUUGGUCUUGAAACAUUAACCUGCUUCUCUCUGUUCAGAUUACGUUCCACCAUGACCCAUAUUGAAAAUGAAUGCAUUAAAUUCGUCUGGUUUACGGCUGAUGAGAGAGGAUGGUGAAGCUCCUAACUGAUGUCCACUUAAACUUUUCCAGAAGGAAAAUCUGGACCUGUCUGCUCAGCUCCACGCCUCAAUCCAGAUCGGUGAAUCCCAAUGAGAGGGACUCGAGAAACUGGACAGGGGGUAAUAGGUGAAACAAAAGCCACCGUUCAGGGAUGGUAACGAGAGAAUGGAUCAGGAGGAGACCAUUCAGCCCCUCAAGGCUGUUCCACUGCCAUUCAAUCACACUGCGGCUGAGUGGUAUCUCAAAUACACUUUCACACUUCUUUUUGUUCCAUUUCCCAUCCCCAGCUAAAACUGAUGCCCUGAAAGCUCCAGCAGAUUCCCAGCUUUUUGGGAAUGGAGUUCCAGUUUUCAUUCCAAUUCAUAUGAGGGAUUUCUUCCUGACUUCACGUUUGAAUGGACUGGCUCAAAUAUGAAUGCCUGUUCCCACCAGAUGAAAUAGUUUCUCUGUGUUUACCCUAUUGAAAUACAAUUAGAUCACUCCCCAACUGCUUAAACCCUGAGGAUUAAAGAUUGGUUUAUGAACCUGCCCCCCACCCCCUCAUUUAGCCCUUUAAAUCCCAGUAUGAGUGGUGAAUCUACACUGAAGCCCCUCCUUCCUGAAGUGCAGUGAUGUGAACACAGUCUGACCUAGGCUUUGUAUAUCAUUGGAUUAUUUCUAAUGAAUCCUGAGAGAAACUGUGCAAACCCCAAAUCAAAUUCCAAAUGGACCAAGGCUGAGGGAAGAGCAAAGAGGCUGAGGUGGCUUCCAAGGUGAGAAGAUUCCUUUGUGUACUGAUUAAGGGGAUACUGAGGAGCAUGGACUAAAUGGGAGGGUGGGGAGGUGGGCAGGGAAUGCCACCAAUGAAUCCUGGGAAUUCUUGAGAUGAUGUGACUCAACUGCCCAGAUGAGCUUUGCUCACAUGUCACCUUUAUUAACUCCAGUGGAAUCAUUGAGGAUUAGCCAAGUACCAAUUUAAUAAAGUUUGUAAACCACAGUUAGACAGAGGAAUCACUGCUGGCAAAUGUAACAUGAGAAUAGACUAUAUUAAAAUUAAAGUUACAGUUCCAAUGAACCACAGCCAUUUAUUGUUGAGAAAUAGCCUCCUUUUUUAUUCCUCUCCAACUUUAAUAUUAAUCUCAUGUGUAGAACCAGCUAUUUUCACAUUGUAAUUUAUCAUAUUCACAUCAAAAUCGUGAUUGUGGUGAAUGAGAUUCUCCAGCUGCAUAUCGGAAUGAAUAUAAUCUUGAUAAUUAAUGGAUCUUUGCAUUAUUGUAAUUGCCUGUUAUUAUCGGAAUGGGUUUGUGAAGACCUGUCUUACUUCUUCAGAGUUAAUUAUUGUGACUUGUGGGAUGACCAACUUGGAACAACUUGAAAAACGUGCUUGUAGCCACUGACUCACACACCCUUCCUCCUGUCAGAAAGUUCUUAUCCUUGAGUUGUUAUCUCCCUGUGGAGAAUUGGUGGUGGGGAGAGGGGAGGAGCUCCUGGUGAAUGGUUUAUUAACAAUGUGGUUGGGUAGGAAGGAAUGGUUAAACUAAUCCCUGGUUGCAACUGUCUUGUAGCACAUUGGGCACUUCACCAGUUCCUGAGUCCCUUUUUUAACUGAUCGCAAUCUCUCGACAUGUAGCUCAAAGUGAUCUGGGUUUCUGGUGGAAUAGGAGUCAGGGGUUUAACAUGGUGGUAGCAUGAUGCCUACUGUGCCCAGGCUAAUUUCAGCACCCUCCCCAUUUGGUGGCAGGCUUCCUGGUCACUUAUUCCAUUGUUGCUUGUGGAAGCUUCCUGUGCACACAUUGGCUGUCAUCUUUCCCUGAUACACAGCAGUGACUACAAAUAAAAGCUGCCUCACUGCCCCUAAAGUGUUCUGAGGCUUUGACAGGCACUGUAGAAGUUCAAGUUCAUUCUUUGAGGCAAACAAUUGGAAUGACAGAGCUGAAGAAACCAGCAAUUCCAAGCCCCCAAAUACAGGGUCAGCAGAAGAGGAGGGGAGACAAUGGCCUAGUGGUGUUAUCACUAGGCUGUUAAUUCAGAGACCCAGAUAAUGCCCCAUGGACCUGGGUUUGAAUCCUGCCACUACAGAUGGUGG